AUGAUGCACACGACGACGUACCAGGCGUGUCGACCUGGCGUUUGGCCGAGACGCCUGCGGUUACCUUGUCUGCUGAUGCUCGUCCUCAUGACCUUCGAUGCGCCGGGCGGGGCGGCCAGCUGGCGCAUUGAAGAGCGCAAACUCGACUACCAACUGGCCGAAAACGCGCCCAUCGGCACGUUGCUCGGCAACGUGGCCGUCGAGGCCAUCGGCUUCGGCGGGCUCGGCAUUACCGCGUCCGACGCUGGGCUGAUCGGCUCGAGUCCCGACGCCACGGCAUACCUGCGCCUGCAGAAGACGCCCACCCUUCGCUCCGUCUACAGUCUGGGCGCGCCCUCCAGCCUGUUCAGCCUCGACGCCCAGUCGAGUCGCCUAACGACCGCGACCAGGAUAGACGCAGAGUAUCUGUGCACGGUUGCUAGGGCACGAGAAAAUCGUACGCCCGAGCCUGAAGCACCAGGUGAGCCGACUUUACACUUAAAGUAG